AUGUGUGAUACUUACUUUGGAGAAGAUAAACAGCCACAAUCAAUGGUUUUUCCAUCUACACAUCCUGAUGAGAAACUUGGAAACAAACCUAAGGGCAUAAAACAAGUGUUAAUAGAAAGAGGAAAAUGGUCAUCUCAAGGAUUAAUAUUAGAAUGCAAAGAAU